AUGUCCCGGCGAAAGACCGGCUUGCUCUUUCUGCACGCGCCUCAAUCAGAGAUGCACCUAUCUUCUCACCAGCGACACUCCUGUCGCAAGCAGCCAGAAGGAGCACCGGGUUACCAAGACAAAGGUCUGCUAACACCAAAACUUAUUGCCCUUGUCGCUGACGAACUUGGAAAGCCGGAUAGGGGCCAUUCCACAGGUCGCGUUGACAGGUUGGAAGCCAGAGUUGAACAAAUAAUGGAGGCGGUCAACACACUUGUCGAGAGGCAGACUGAAGAAGUCCCCUCAAGAGAGUCGCGUCGUCCUUCCACACCACUCCAGAGCUCGCCACGAUUGCCUCAGCCAGCCGGUGUCGCGCAGGGCCAAAGAACAAAAUUCGACGAGUUCCGAAGGCCUUAUCCUCCCUUCAAUGUCCUCGGAUCGCUGGUCGAUCUUUACAAAGAGAAGAUAGCCGAUCAACCUUUGCCACUUUUCGAUGUUGCUAUUCUACAGGCUCAAGUGGGCAAAUUUUCCGCGGGUCUUCUGGAUUCCUUUCUUGCAAUCACGGCUCGAUUCUCCACAGAUGGUUUUUUUGAGGGUGUCACCACGAAGGCUGUAGAGUACUACAAGAGCUCUGCAUGGAACACUCUAUUCAGGCAGGUUGCAGAGCCUACAGGCUCGUUAGACGUCCUGCAAUCCUUUUGCUUGCUGUGUCUGAGCGAAAUCUAUGACGGGAAGAUGGUCCGAGCCUGGAUGGCUUCCGGCAUAGCCUCAAGGGCACUCAUCUGUUCCAACCUUGCGAUGGCAGAAUCAGGAAGGCCCAUAGGCCGCAAGACCGAGCUGUCGAGAUGCUGCUGGAGCCUGUUCAUUCUUGAUCGGAUUCAUGGUAGCAGUCUCCGAACACUGACUGCCAUCUCUGACGCAGCAAUUCUUCCCGAAGCUCCACCAAGUAGCAAACAACCACUGAUCAACAGCACGAGCAGAGGCCCGACAGAACCUCGAAUGCCUGAUGAAAGGGAUGACGGCAUCUGUUCCUAUGCUUUACAAUUGUUGACAAUCUGGGGACGCCUUAUGGCUUACCUCAAGACCAUCAAACAAGGCAAACUGGAAGAUGCAUGGUCGACCAACUCCGAGUACCAACAGAUCAAGUCAGAGAUGUCCAGGUAUGAAACCAUUUUCCCGGAGGUCCACAGAUUCAAGAAUGCAAAGUUUCACGAAAGGACCAGCACGGACCUAACGACCCACCGAUCGUAUUGGGCACCUUGGAUCUUCGCCCAAUGCCUCUACCAUGCCAUACACUGCACCUUGAAUCAUCCCUUCCUGCAUGUCGCUCGGGUUCACGGGCAACAAAGACUUCGAUCUCCUUCCUUCCUUCAGCAUGCCAUUGACCAAACAAUCUUGCACUCAACGUGGAUCGUACAGCUUCUCAACAUGUCUGACGAGAGAAGCUUCCCAAUCUCUGACCCAUUCAUUGCUCAUCUCGCCUCGGUGGUUGCCACUGCACAAUUCUUUCUGCGGUUCUCCAAAGAUGCGACCACGGCUGCGCGGGCAACAAGAGACUUUGAGACACUUCAGCUUUUUGUCGAAGGGAUGGCAUAUGGAUAUCCACAUCUUAUUCACACCAGCGCGAAAUUAGGAAAGCUUGCCCAGCUCGCUGCACCAUACAACAACUCUACACAGCCGGUACAACCGCCAAAAGUUGAGACCGCACUAUUGUGGGAUCUGCUCGACUAUGCCGUAUCCUCGUCGCCGAAUGUCAGCACUGGAGGUCCUGCAGAUGAUGUCGAGUUGAGUGUCAAUACUCAAUUCCUCCUGCCGAUGGACCAAACUACGCCCAGGUCUGCGGCGGGUGUCGUUGCACCAGGGCACAAUGCCCCUCUGGCCUUCUCUCCGAAUUUCUGGGAUGAUUCUGCAUUCGCCUUCGACAUGGCCGACUUCUCAAAUCUACCCGACAUGUCGACACUGACGAUGCCGAAAGACGCUUGGGUCAACGGCCUGUUGUGA